AGAAACAAGUAACCUGCAUGUGCUUAACCAUACAUCUCUUCUCGGUGUCUGCCUCAACAUGCGGUUGAACUCAGCAGCACUUCCUUUCCGGUCACCUGUGGGCAACACGUUCGUGUCAAAUUGAAAUAUUUACACGACUGAAUUUGCGGCACUGCAGAGGCUUCUGAAAGUUUCUUCUUAGAUGCGUCGGCGUGAUUACCUUACUCUCACCAGUUCAGUUGGAUGUUAAAUGGAACAGGAACGGGGCUAAGUCUGAACACGAUGAAGUUCUUCGCGUCUUCCCUUCCGGACGUGGAGCGCGUACAUCAUUCAAAUGAUAUGGUUUUUGAAGCAAGAUAUUCUCAUGCAAAGUGGCAUGAACCAGAGCUAAUAUCCUUUUUUAAUAAUCUUCUCCACAAACCAACUGACAUCAAGAAGAAACACCCAAGGAAAUAUUAACACAGACAUACGAGACAUUCUCAGUAUAUUCACAUUCAAGAGCAUAUACUUACGGGAGGAAUAAAUAAAUCGUUGAAGCCAGAAGAGAAUUACUGAUACACCCUGUUCUGUUAAAUCGAAAGAAUGAACAGGGGGAAAAUUGUGACAUAGGGAUUUUUCCGGGAAGUAUGGGUGGGAGAAUGAUAUAAGGACAAGACAUAUUUCUUUUCGGAAACUAGACAUUGUUUGCCAGUACAUCUGACGAUAUAGACAGAGAGGUGAAAGUCAAUAUGAAUAUAAAGCAAUAUCUUUCAAAAACGAAUGACAGAAGCAAAAUGCAAUGGCUACAUACGUGUUCUGACGAGAACACAAACGACAGAAGGGCCAGAUAAAGAGAGAUUCCAUUUUCUAUACGAAUUAAAAAAAAACUUUCCUGCUCCUUGUAAGUGUACAGGAAGAGAGUUCUCUAAUGUGGAUAUUAUACAUGAAUUUUAAAUCAUUUAAACUGAAUCGAGAAAAUAAAAGGAAAAUUUGUAUUUUUCUCAUAUUCAUGACAUCAUAUGUUGCAGAACAAAAGACAUACGGGUAUUAUAAAAUACAGUAAGCAAAUUAACUAUUUAUAUUUCCUCUUCUUCUUGAUGUGUGGUCACUUUGUACAAGAUUCAUUAAUAUACUAGGCGGAAGAUGUGAAUAAGAUAUCGAAGUAAAGACCCUUUCCUCGGCAGCUUGUGUUUUGGGAAAGCAGUGGAAGAGCUGCAACUGAGUGGCCCAUGCAUUUGCAAGCGAUGAAUAUAACACACCAAGGCAACGAACCGGACCUGUCGUCCAACAUUAUUAACAUGGCAAUAAGUACAUUUUAAUAGAAGGCUUGUUCGUAUUCACUGUCUCUUCCGAGGCACCACUAAAAUAAUUAGUGGACUGUGGUGAAAGUGUAAAGUUGUCAUCCAUUCCACAUGGUACAGAAAUAGGCCUGACCACACCAUGCAGUAGUCACGUGUCUGUGUUAUUGUGUUAUAAAGAAUUAGAUCAUAUGAUGUGAGGAACAGAAUAUGGUGUCUGGAUCAGUCAGACAGCAGACUUGGCUAAGUCUGAAAGAACGGCAAGUUCUUUAAAACUAAUAUCAGUUAUAAUUCUGCCAACUUGUACUAAUACAAAGUUGCAAAAUUUUAAGUGUCAUACUGAUAACGCGUUUCCAGGUGACAUCAUCUGUGAGAUGUUCCAAGCCGUUUAUUAUAUAAUAACGAGCAUUAUAGGUGUAAGACUAAGUACAGAAGUCUUUCCUUCGUGGAGAUAGAGGAAUAAAUUCCUCUAACUGCUAUAGUUAUUAUAAAAAUGAAAAAUCUCUUUGCUUCACAGUCUGGUAGCGAUUGAAUGACUUGAGGAGACGGGACGGAAACUGAGGACGGUACACAGUUAUCAAACUAGGACGCAGGCAAUUUUGAAGGACAAAGAUUUGAGAUAUCGGAAGGCAAAUUUCGAUAAUGUCUGGCUGGUGGCUGCUCUCGUUGCUCAUAGUUCAGUGCUAUUGGUCGAGUUCCGCCUGUCCAACACAAUGCAAGUGCAUGUGGAGAGGUGGCAAGCAGACUGCGGAGUGCAUAAACGGGAGCCUUAUAACCAUACCAGAUGGAAUAGAUCAGGGCACGCAGGUAUUAGAUUUCCAAGGAAACAAUUUACAGAUGUUGCCAAGAGAACGUUUCCAAAGAAUGGGUUUGCUCAACUUACAGAAGAUUUUUUUGAUGAGGUGUCGAAUUAGGCACAUUGAUGACCGUGCCUUCCGGGGCUUGACUAAUCUGGUGGAACUCGAUCUAUCAGAGAACCUCUUGACGGCCGUCCCAACAGAAACCUUCAGCGACUACCAGUCAUUAAUGAGGUUGACAAUUAGCGGCAACCCUAUUCGCAUCCUUAAGACAGGAUCCUUCCUGCACCUGUCCUACCUCACGACUCUGGAACUGAGCAACUGCGAGAUUGAAAUGAUUGAUGAUGACGCUUUCACCGGGCUUGAUAAUCUCGAAUGGCUUAAGCUGGAUGGUAAUCGCUUAAACAAUAUCCGUGGUACCCACAUCCUCCCGGAGUCUCUGCAUGGAAUUGAUCUCCACCGCAAUCCUUGGCAGUGUGACUGUCGAUUGCUAGAAUUGCGAUCAUGGCUUAUAAAUUAUAAUAUCCCUCAGACCAUAGAACCCACAUGUGUUACACCUCACAGGCUCAGGAGUGUUCCUAUAAAGACACUUGAACUAGGAGACCUUGCGUGCCUCCCAGAUGUAACACCGACAACUCUCUACCUUGAAAUUGCUGAGGGUAGGAACGUAUCGCUGUUAUGUAAGGUAUCAGCUGUUCCAGAAGCCAGAGUAUCAUGGUGGUUUCAAGGACGCAUCCUUCAAAAUGACUCAAUGGUUGCUCCAGGACUUCAUUUGUACUAUUUCCUGGAGGAAGGGGCAGAAGAGAAAAGGAGCGAACUCUUUAUUUUUAACGCCAAUACUGAAGAUAAUGGGACGUUUAUUUGUGUAGCUGAGAAUCCGGCUGGUAGAGCUCAGUCUAACUACACUAUACGUAUUGUUGUGAAGGAAGAGCCUGUUGUUGGAGUGCCAACAUUUCCUUAUGAAUACGUGAUAACAAUAUCUGCGGGAACAGCAGUUUUUGCUCUCUUCCUCGUUAUCGCGAUGAUACUGUGCAUCGUCAGAUGUCACAGACAGAGAAGGCGAAGAAGAAAGAAGGAGCGUAGUAAAGUGGUGGCUCUACAGCAUCAGCAUCAACAACAGGGAAAGUCGGCAGUGAUGGGCGACUCAGAAAAUCAGAUUACUAGGAUGAUUAGUGUGGAUACCAUGGCGGGUCCUGCGAAAGUAAAUGGUACAAUAGUAAUGACUGAAAGACGUCAUCACGAUAUGGUUUUAGUUUCUUCAGGAACUGGAGGAGCCAUCAUAGGGAACGAUUCGUCAAGACCAGGACUACUGAAUCCUUAUGGCAGUCCACCUUCUUUGAGAAAUUACCAGUUAGAGCAAAAUCCAGAUCUUAUAAACGACACAGAAAGUGUUGGUAAAGAGAGAAGACCAGCUUCUAGAAGAGAUGGUGACAGCGGCGAGGAAGGCGAAAGAGAAAACAGUGGACCUAACAGUUAUCAAGAAGCUAUGGAGAAUAUAAUACAUGACUAUGAGAAUAAUGGGUCAAAACCCAUACCGUUAUCUGUAUCACACCAUCAACUGAGGGAAGUUGAAAGUCAGUACCCUGUUCAUAUGUCAACACUUCCAAGGGGUAGCACACGGGACCUGUAUCAACACCAUCAUACAGCAGACGUUCAUCUGUCUCCAGGUCGGUUUCUGGAUACCGAUGGAUAUCCAAUGGACUACGGCCUGCCGAAGAUACCGACUCAUCUGUCACUACAUUCAACACCGCCUCAAGUUCCCGUACCUGCAGCUUUCUACAGGACACUCCCGCACAACAGAUCGAACAGACUAGACGCGGCUUCUCCGUGUAGCAGGUACUCCAGAGAAGCCGAGUUUCUAGUCAGAUCGUCGCAACCUCCAACGCCCUACGAACACUACACGCCACCCGACGUACGGUACACCGUAGAAGGCUACCCUUGUGCUCCUUUGCCUCCGCAAACACCAUCAAAACAGUCGCAGUUAAGUCAAACGUUUUAUUCUGUCGAAUCACCUGGUUCAUUUCCAGACAAUAGUUACCUGCCUUCCCCUCCUGCGCCAUAUAAAGGUGAACCUACUUUACCAACACCCGCUCUAUCCAUUAAGAGUACUCCAAGCUGUACAAGCCCUCCCACAGACAAAGUUGUGACCUGGCCCGAUUUGGCACACAACUGUCAUGUUCAGACACCAACUUCCACGGGUGGCGCAGUAAGUAAAAGGACACCAAGCCAAGAAGUUUCACCUUCAAGCUUCAGUCCAAGUUCCAGUGGAAUAGGAAUUGGAAGUACGUCCCACAGCUCCGACUCUCAGACGAAUGUUGCGGAUAUCUGCGCAGGGGGUCCGCGGAGCGGUCGCGUGGGUCAGGAGCCAGACGACGUCUCCUGCAAACUGACCCCUCAGAUCUGCCAUGCAAGCGGCACGACGCAUAACCAACAAGGGAUUCUGACAGAGAGUCCUGACGAGGGAUAUGAGGGAGAAGGAAUUGAGGGGACAGAGAUAUGACGUCAGAGAAAACUCCAGGGGGAACCCAGGAGAGAAGAGGAGAGUCGAGUCAAGUCUGCGGUCAGAGAUAUUACUAAAGAGAUUCGGUGGAAAUUUUCUGAUCCUGUGGUCAGUACAAAAGACGCGAAGUCAGAGUCGGAUCGGGAAUCACAGUAGUGACGUCAUAGUCCACUUUUUCAGAUCUCAGGAACGCUUAGGUACUGAAUAUGUGUAUUAUGUGAAUUGAGAACUUGUUUCAGAAUUAAUGUGAAACACCGAAAUAAAUUCUACUGCAACAUGUUUAUGUACACACUUCCGGUUUAGUUAUAUACAAAUGGAGAGACUGUGUUUCUUUUUAAUCCGUUUAGUAGGGGGGGGGGAGUGGAUUCCAACUGGGUCCACUCGGCACGGUGGCCACCGAUUUGCCUAU